AUCUUUGAUAACAUAAACAUUGGUAUCAUUCAGUGUUUCUUUCGUAGUGCGGUACCGGUGGAAUACGCGUAUUACGGAUACCAAUAUUGUUCACUGGUUUAAAAUUGCGUGAAAUUUUUUGUUUGUUUCAGUGAUUUUAUGGUUCAAUCUUUGAAGGUUUGUUUGUGUUAAAUCAGAAAUAUGUUCACGACAUCAUCGGCUGUUUAUUUAAUAUGUUGUUUUCAAAUGGUGUUAAAUGUGAGACUGGAUGUUGUAAACCAAUGGAACUUCUUAGACUUCGAUUUGCCAUUCAAUUUUGAUUAUAGGGAUAUAAAGCCCGAAAACACCCUCUUCACAGGUCUCGAAGUAACCGCCGAUCGUCUCUUUUUAGCCAUGCCACGGUUGCGUGCCGGAGUUCCCGCCACCUUGGCGACCAUCCCCAGAAACACCCCCAAGGGCUCAAGCCCCAUUCUGAGGGCGUUCCCUGAUUGGUCCUUUCAUGGCGCCGCCAGGGGCGAUGUCAAUUGUUCCAAUCUUAUUUCUGUCUACAGGAUGAGAAUAGAUUCGUGUAAUAAUUUGUGGGUGUUGGAUUCUGGAGUUCUAAACUCUCUGGAUGAAUUCACUAGAAUAUGUCAACCUAAAUUGGUGGUUUUUGAUUUGUUUAGAGAUCAAAUUCUCCGAACCGUUUAUCUUCCUAGUGGAGUUCUUAGACCUUCUUCGCUUUUAACGAAUCUUGUAGUAGACGAAAGUAUUCAGGGACGUUGCGAUUCGUCUUUUGUUUAUAUGACUGAUACCGCUGCACCAGGACUGAUUGUGUAUGAUGCUCUAAGAGAUACAGCAUGGAGAUUUACUCAUCCUACAAUGUUUCCAGACCCAAAUUUUGGUGAUUACAAUAUUAAUGGCGAGUCUUUUAGUCUUAUGGAUGGAAUUGUGGGAAUCACACAUUCUCCUAAACUAGCAACUGUGUAUUUCCAGCCAUUAGCGACGGACAGAAUCUUCAGUAUUCCCACAUCGACGUUAAUUAAGGGCCCACCUGCAGAAUUUGAAAAGUUACCUAUAGCAUUCGUGGGAAAAAAAUCAUCUCAAGGACUUGGACUAACACUUAAUCUCUUAGACGAAACUAUCUAUUUUAGUCCUUUAACAGAAACAUCAGUUGCAUCCUGGAAUCCGCUUACUAAUGGACAAACUUUGUUGGCAUACGAUCCUGACCAACUCCAAUUUUGUGCUGAGUUAAGAUGGAAAAAUGAUGGGUAUCUUUGGAUUUUAAGUACGAGAUUUCAAAGGUUUUUCCUUAAGACUGUAUCUUCGCGGGAAUUAAACUUGAGGAUUAUUCGAAUACCAUACCGGAAAAACACGAUUCACAGAGGAGUUAACGACCUAGUUUUUUAAUUUUAUGUAAUUUAUUAUUGAAUGUAUGCGAAAGUUGAAAAUUUUGGAUGGUUUCAAGUUUAGUCUAUUAUAAUAUAUCGCUGUUACAGUAAGAUAUGAUUAUGGUACAAUGAACACAAUGUGUUCAUUGUACCAUGAUGAAUUUUAAAAUAAAAUUGUGGCUUAUUCCCAACAAGAAAUAGUUAAUUACAUUUUAAGAUCACACAAGAAAAUAGCUUCAGAAAAAUAUGUAGUAAGUAUAUUACGUACUGUAUUGGUAUGCCAAUUACAUUUCAAGAAACAACCUUCAAAGGCAUAAUAUUUCAAUUAUCUUAUAAAAAAAUGUUUUCUACCUUCCAUAUAUCUAAACCUAAUCACCAAAAUAAAAUUUACUUGAGUUUCUUCAGAAUUACGUAUAAAUUUAUGACCUGAGUGUAGGUCGAGGUCCAUAUUUAGAAUAGAUACGAGACCACUUAGUGCGUAUAUUUUAAAAUAAAUAUUAUAUUUUAUUACUUUUGACGAUUAUCAACCUUAACGCACUCAGUAAGAAUAUUAAUUUAUCAACUUUGGUCAUAAAUGUUUUAAAAAUAAAUUUUAAUUAUUCAAUCUUUUUUGUAUUGUGUUAACAUGUACUAAGAAAGUAGGUGGUAGGUAAGUAAGUGGAGACGAAGAUAUUUUCUUUAUAAUGGGUCUCCAAGUCCAAGGUACCCGUCUGCUGUCAUCUCUUUUAUUGAGACAAUUUGGUUUUUUUAAAUUUCUAUUACUUCUCGGAGUUUUCAAAAUAAAAAAAUUCAGAAAUGAGAUGUUCAUAAAUCCUAUUUUUAAUUCUACGGUUUGUUUGGCCUAUAAAGGAUAGGGGGCAGUCUGCACAAGAAAUUUCAUACACUACAUGUUGUUCAUUUGUCUUUGAUUGAUCGGACAAGAGAUGAAAGUUGAUCAGUCGUUAAUUUCAGUAAAAUUUGACUAAUCUUAUAAUAUUAAUAUCCAAAAUGUUUGCCACAUGUUCGGGUAAUAAAGUGCUACAAUAAAUUGCAACGUAACUGGGACCACAGGAGGAGGGUCAAACAAAAUCGGCUUUAGACUGGAUACCAGUUUCAGCCAGAUUGUUUUAAGUUCCUCUACUCUGUCAAGGUUACAAAACAGUUGGGAAAGAAAUGUGUUUCAGACCGUAGUUUCAAAACGGGUGCGCCAUAGGCUUUGGCCCUAACUUCUACUGAAUGGUGUAGUCGUUAAACGGGUGAACAUUUUUAAUAUUUCGGGAGUUGGUGGAAUAGUAACAGUAACUUUAAUAAGGAAUUUGUCUCUAGAAUUGAGAUGUCUUAAAAAUCAUUCAUGUCGUGAACACCUCCUUGUGCACCUAAACAAAAGAUUUCUAAAAUGUUAUAGUUUGCUAGUCUUUCUAUAAGGAUAUGAGAUCCGCAUUUGAAACAACAAUGCUAAAUAUGUUGAAACCAUUUGAGCUGUGAGUAAAGAGAUGCCUAGAAUGAUAAAUACAGAGAGGGACUUGCUAAACAUAAUUAAAAGAAGAAUAACAGACUACUGUAUGAUAUAAAUAUAAACUACUGCGACUCAUUAUUCAGGGAAAAAGCUCUGGAAGACUAUGGAUUGCUUACUUACUAUAACCCAAUAGGAUUUACUUAUAUGUAUCAUUCUACGUAUACCGAUCUUCUACGGAUAUUCACCUGAAGUUUUUGCACACAAUACAAUAUUGCAAAGAAACCUGAAACUCAAAAUUGUUUGAAAAAUCAAUAUUCUUUUCAAAAAUUCCUAAUUCCGAUAACAUGCAUUAUGCUUUCACGGCCAUCUUCUAACUUGUUAAACUGUUUGUUCUGUUUAUAAGUCUGUUCUUUUCAUGAAAAGUAGGUGGUAUUGAGGCAAAUACGGUAUAAAUUCACCAUAUCCUUGGAAAAUAGUCCCUCAAUUAAAUGCAGAACAUCUUCUAGGGAAACUCUUGUAAAUAGGGAAACAACAUCAAAGCUAACAAGAAUGUCAUGUUCCUGUAAAGUUACUCCUUUGAUCUUCUCGAUGAAAUGGACAGAGUCUUUUACAAAGGCAUACUUUUUUAUAUAUGUGGUGUAACGAAAAUAUUUUGCCUACCACAGGGGGCAUUUAUAUAAGGGGUAGAAAAUUGGGGGAAGAAACUAAGGGGAUGGAGAUAAGGCAAGCAAAAUAAUCGCUACUUAUGCGAACGGCACUCAGGGUUUCGUAGGAGAGCUGGGGUCGUGGAUAAGUAAAAGAUAAGGGCAUUGGAAUGGGGCAACUACAAAAAAAUGAAAUAAAGGGCUCUUGGGAUAAAAAAAAAUAAAAAUAAACAAGAAACACCUCAAGGAAUUUAAUAUAGGGCGCCACUUGAGGUGCCUAAUUAUGCCUAUUACAACCACUAGUUGUAACUAGGGAAAUAAUUAGAAAACAAAUCAAAACAUAAAAAACAUAUCUUUUUCAAAUAAAAAUCAAAAGAGGUUAGCUCAAAAAAAAAAUAAAUAAAAAGUUAAGAAAAUAAAAUUUAACUUUUAUUUAUGUGUCACCACAAACAGUUACAUGGAGAAAUACAAAAUUCAAAGACUUACAUGUGUCAUCCAUUAACAAACUCCAUUGCUACAAAACUUACAAAAAUUGCAUGGAGGUUAACCUUUGU